AUGCCAAACGACGAGGAGGAAGCGGACCCGAUCCACGGGCGGGAAAUCUACAACUACUUUGGCAACCGUGUAGUGGAAUCGAGAACGUCGGAAGGAAACCUUGUCGCUGUGAAGGUCAAGCCAAGAGAAAUAAAAAAAGCGAUCAGACUUGAAGCUCUCAUGUUGAAAUACGCGUCUCAACAGCCGAGCCUCCUGGUCCCUCGUUAUCGUGGAUGCUAUCGGGUCGGAAAGUUUAACAUCGUGAUCGUCACCGACCUUGUGCGUGGUGUAUCACUAGACAAAGCGUGGCAUUCGAUGACCAAGGAACAACGUGAUUCGAUUAAAUCCCAACUCAAGGAGCAAGUGCAACUCUUUAGACGUUGUACGCAGCCCUUUAUCGGCCGCAUUGGCCAUCACGAGACAUCAAACUUCUAUGAGAGACUUGGUACCGGAUAUGAAUUCAUGGGUCCAUUCGAGUCAGAGGAAGAAUUUGAUAACUGGUGUCUUGAACGUGUCCGAUCGUCGUUCUCUCGAGCGGUGUGGAAACGCCUUCUUCCCAGAAUGCGUGAUUCAUCCGCUUCGAAUUUUGUGUUGACUCACUGUGAUCUUUCGGCACGGAAUAUCAUGGUGGAAGACGGCAAAAUUACAGGAAUUCUAGACUGGGAACAUAGCGGCUUUUUCCCAAAGUACAUGGAAUAUGCGACUGCAAUGGAAAUCUGUGACGGGCAUGAGGAUUAG